GAAUUGAUUUCCCCCCCAAGUUGUUGCCUGGCAACGUUAACUGUUCAAAGUUGCUACCACGCUAGUGGCCGGUGUCACAGUGCCGGCAGUUAGUCGACUGGCUUUGCGCUUAGCAGGGUGUAAACAUGGGCCUCCCCGACAUUGACAACAUACCGGAGACAGGCGCAGUGUUUACACUGGGCCGCAGUCGUUUCGCCGAUAACGUAGCAUCGCAUUUUUUUAUCCGCAAGGAUCCGGUGAUCAGCAUCGCCUGCGGCGACGAGCACUCGGCUGUUGUUUGCCAGAGCGGAAGGCUGUUCGUCUUUGGUAGCAACGAUUGGGGUCAAUUGGGUCUCGGCCACAAGAAUCACGUCACCAAGCCUUCGUGCGUGAAAAGUCUCAAACCGGAGAAAGUUACACACGUGGCAUGCGGGAGGGCUCACACAUUGAUAUGCACAGGCGGACAGAAAAUAUUUGCAUGCGGAAGUGACCAAGAGUCACAAUUGGGAAGAGGUCAACAGACUGUGGGCGAUAGUUCGAGCUCACCAAUUAUGGUUUACGAUUGUGGUAUGGUUGUGGAUGGACCCAAGGUGGUGGAUAUUGCCGCUGGAUCACAGCAUUCCCUGGUGUUGACUAGCGAUGGUGGAGUUCUCGCCUGGGGCAGCAAUUUGGAGGGACAGCUGGGGCUACAUGGCGUUUCCGGUCUCAUUAAUACACCUACGAGGGUUCAUAUACCGGAGCCAGUCAAGCAAAUCAGUGCUGGAUACUAUCAUUCGGCCUUUUUGACAGAGAGUGGAGCGGUUUACGUCUGCGGCGAAGCGGAAAGUGGAAAGCUGGGGAUAGUCCUGGACUUUAGGACACAGUUAGCGCCCAAGCAGAUGUCACUAUCUGUGAAAGCUGCUCACGUCGCCUGCGGCGGUCAUCACACACUCAUUUUUGGAGAUGACGGCAACAUCUACUGCACAGGAAGCAACGCAAGUGGGCAAUUAGGAAUGGGCACAAGUGUAACUGAAAUUCAAACCCCGAAGGAGCUUGCACGUGGUGCACUGGAAGACGAGAUAAUCGUAAAAGUUGUUUGCGGUGAAAGUCACAUUGCCGUUGUUACAGCCUCCGGUAAAAUUUUCACGUGCGGCGAUGGUAGACACGGGAAACUGGGUCUCGAGGAGAACGAGAAUAACGUACACGAGUUGACACAUGCUAUCAAGUAUCAGGAGCUCUUUGUCACAAAUGUCGCAUGCGGUGGUUGUCACACUAUUUUGGUGGGACGGAGGAGGGAAAUGGAUAAUGGAGAUGACGAAUCUAAACAAAUGAAAAUAAAUGCCCUACCUCCCCUGAAAGUCCCCGCGCCGCGAAUUCAGAACGAGAGUCCCCUGGCGAAGCCCGAUGGGCCCAACAUCGGUAGCGAGGAGAACGAAAAUGAGAUGUUCGCAGAGAAGCUCGAAGACGAGGAAACUAAAAAGCCAAAAUCCGCAUCCAAGGACGUGGAGAAGCCGGAGUCCCCCAAGAUGUCAUCGGACUACAGCGAGUCCGAGGAGAUUAAAGUGAAAGAAGACGAAAUGACGAACGAAAAAGAUCAGACUGAGGAGGAGCCCAAUGGAGGCACAGAGGUCGACGACCCCGAGCACCCCGAGGAAGAGGAGAAAUCUGAACAAGAGGAGAAGCUGGAACAAAAUGCGAAACCUGAACAAAUGGAGAGACCAAAGUCUUCCGUAUCGCGGGUCAGUCGAGUUGAGGACGAGAUGAAUAAAAUAAACGAAACGAACUCGAAGGAUGAAACGAAUUCUAGGGACGAAAUAGACGAGAAAAAGGAGGCACACGAAACGAAUCAAUUAAAUCAAGAUAAUAAGGAAGAAAAAAAUACCGAAGAAAAUGCCAGUGAUGAAGGGAUGAACAAGGAACCUGCUGAGUCCCCUCCACUACCGAUCCCACCCCCGAAGCCACCGCGGCAGAAGACCGGAAGUGCGGAGAGUGCAUCAAGUGGCGGCAAUAAAUCCAGGAAGAGCUCGGGGAAAAUGUCGAUGCUAGAGGCCCCCGCGAGCCCUGAGGCACCUCAGGAAGGCACGGAGGGUCUGGACAAAGAGGGCAGUGAGACCGGCUCGGGGAAAAAAUCAGCGAGGAGUGAAAAGAGCCAGUCCGGAAAAUCAAAGGCGGAAUCGAAUGAAACUGUCCCGAUGGAGACGGUUAUUCAGAGCAGUUUAGACCAGGUUGGGAAUGAGAUAGCGAAUCAAGUGGACAAGAUCGAGGAGAAGGCCAUGGAGACCGUGACCUCCAUCGGGGAGAAGAUCGGCAUCGCCGGGGAUGAUGCCGACGUUGUACAAUCACCUGCUUCGAAAGGAGGGAAAAUAUCAAAAUUAUUUCACCUCAGGAGACAAGAAGUCGAGAAUGGAAAUAAAUUAAGCAGUUCUCAAGACGCUAAAGCUAAAUCAAAAACCUGCAGUAUCCUGUGAUCGAUCAAAACUACCAUGGAUCACCUCCAGUGAUUCCUCAAGUAUAUUUUUUAUAAAUGAAUGAACCACUGAUAAAUAUACGAACGUUGAGUUCGGGACCAAGGACGGGAAAUACCACCGAUAAUCCUCCCAGCCACCAAAGAAAAUAGGAUAAUAAUUUAAUAAUAAUCAACAGUUAAAUCCCCUCAUCCCACCAUACUCGAGUAAAAAAUAUAUAUUCGAGAAAUUCCAUUAUUUAGACGUGCGUUAUUAAACACGGAAGAAAUGAUUUCGUAGAUAAAUCUAAUGACUUUAUGAGAAAAUGUCGUUGAAUUUCUAUUUUUGCCUAUUUUGCAUGGAAAAACAAUUCUGCAGUUUUUCCACAUCAUUUAAAAUUAAUUUAUGAUGGAGUAUACUCUACAGAAAACGUCAAUAAAGUUCUUUGGAAAUCUAUAACCUACAAUUUACAUUUUUUAAUGAUUAUCUCCAGUGAAAUGAAUUUUUCAUAAAAUUCGUUAAAUUUAUCAACAAAAAUGUUUUCUUGCGUGGCGUUAUUGUAUUCCAGGCUGUUAAAAGUGUGAUUUGAUAGUGUGCAAAUAAUACCUGAUAAAAUAUGAAUAAGACGAGAAAUAAAGUACAUUGAAAACUAACGAAUCACUCGAAU